AGGAGGCGGGAUUUCGCGCCGACCUGCGGUGCAGCGUUGGGGGCUGCUCCACGGGCCGUCGUCGGCCCUGCUCGGCGCCCGGUACUUGGCCGGACGCUCCUCUGGGCCUUUAGAUGCCGACUUUGCCAGCGGGAAGCGCGCUCGGGCGGGGGGCGAACGCCGAGCCCCUCGAGGUGCUCCGCUGGCAGCGCCUCGGGCCCUUCGAGCGCCUUCCUCGGCGGGGCGGUGGGCGCAGAGCCCCUCGAGCCCCCUCGGGGCUCUUGCUACAGUCGUUUUUCGCAGGGGCGGGCUGCGGACCGGGGGAGCGAACACAGCGACAGAUACACAGAGGCAGGCUCGGAGAGGUCCGCGCGGGUGCCUCGGGCUGGCGCUGGACCCCCUCCCCCCCAUGGCGCGCCAGGGGCGGCGCCCGGGGCGGCGCCGCCGGGGGGGGUCCCGGCGCCGGCUCGAGGAAGUCGCGCGGAGCUCCGAGCUGUUGUGUGCAGCUCGCUGUU